UUCUAAUUUGCAAAAUCCAAUAACUACUAAUAAUUACACUAAAAAAAUGAAUUAUACAAUUGAAUUACAGUUAACUGAAAAGCAAACAGUUGUUACAUUUAUUGAACAACUUUAUGAAAUAAAGAUGUUACAUAAAAAUUUUUAUCCUGAAGAAACAAAUAAACACGUUUAUAAAGCUGAAUUAGAUAUGCUUCUUAAUGCACAAUCAAUUGAACAGAUAAAUUAA